CAAGAAAAACUCAGGAUUCCUCCUCGCCUUAAUUCGCUAUAAUCGAAACCUAGUUUCUUCGCUCAAUUUCAUACCAGCUCCCAGUUCUGCCCUCGCUUUAACUCAAAUCCUCAAUUCAACCCUCCCGUCUCCGGUUCACUGAAUCUUCCCGUGACAAUGUUAUCUAUCGCUUGCUAGAGUUUCUACUAUCAAUCCUUUUAGUCUACGAAAGCGCAAUUAACCUAAUCGUCAUCAAGCUUAUCAAAAUUGCUAAUAUGGCGUUACGUGUUACCUUCAACUUCUCCGGGUAUGUUGCCCAAAACCUAGCCCAUUCCGCCGGCAUCCGGCUGGGCUGCACCACUACUUCUGCCACACGAUCCUUCCAUGAAUGUGUUUUUCGCCCUCGGAUCUUCUGUCAGAACCAAAAGCCUGAUCUCGAUCCUUCCCCAAAUUAUCAUCCCCAAACAAAGCAUAGAGCUUCUGUUUAUAACACAAUUGCUGCUGAAUUUUUAGGCGACAAUAGUUCUACCAGUCCGAUCCUUAUGGGACUGGUGUCGUUGAUGAAGUCAACGGCAUGUAUUUCCGGUUCUUCGGCAAGUACUAUGGGUGUUCUCGGUAUUUCACCCUUCAAAGCCACUUCGAUUAUCCCCUUUCUAGAGGGAUCGAAGUGGCUGCCGUUUAACGAACCGGCUCCGGAGAGUGAAUACGAGGAUAAAGGAGGGACUGAUAAUAAAAUAAAGUAUCAUGAUAGUGGAAAUGAUGAAGAUGUUAGCUUGCAAUGGAAAACCAAGGAGUUCGAUAAGAGCGGAAGUUGGUUGUCAAAGAUGCUGAAUGUUUGUUCGGAGGAUGCAAAGGCGGCUUUUACUGCUGUGACAGUUACUUUGUUAUUCAGGUCGUUUUUGGCUGAGCCCCGAUCGAUUCCUUCUUCUUCUAUGUACCCUACCCUGGACGUUGGCGACCGCAUUUUGGCGGAGAAGGUCUCGUAUUUUUUCAGAAAGCCUGAGGUAUCAGAUAUAGUUAUUUUCAAGGCACCUCCCAUCCUGCAGGAAAUUGGUUACAGUUCUGGUGAUGUAUUCAUUAAAAGAAUAGUGGCGAAGGCUGGAGACUGUGUACAAGUUCGUGAUGGACAAUUGCUUGUAAAUGGUGUUGCUCAAGAUGAAGAUUUUAUUUUGGAGCCACUUGCUUAUGAAAUGAACCCAAUGGUUGUGCCCAAUGGCUAUGUCUUUGUGAUGGGAGACAAUCGUAACAACAGUUUUGAUUCUCAUAACUGGGGUCCGCUUCCUAUUGAGAACAUUGUUGGUAGAUCAGUAUUUCGGUAUUGGCCACCUUCCAGAGUAUCUGACACUAUAAAUGAUCAAACUGCAAAGAUGACUGCUGUGGCGCUCUCAUGACUUGUUGCUUCCUGUUUCAAGAGAAGAUCUUAGAUUAACUUUGAUUUCUCCGAGAUAACAAUUUUUAUAAUUGUUCUCCGCACUCUUGGCUCAUAAAUGAGCAAUUGUUAAUAUUUGACCUUUUCUGUGUUUUUUCCCUGUCUAUUUUCGACAUUGUUUCAAUAGUUCAUUUGUUCCAUCAGUAUGUAAUUCUGUUGAUGGCCCAACCAUGGCCGAUGACGCAUUCUUUUUGUAAUCACAUAUUCAGACUUGCUUCGACAAGAGUUUAAAAAAAAAAAAAAAA